AUGUACUUCCCUACCUCCGCUGCCAGACAGAUCUCUUCAGCACCUGCCCUGCCUGUGCCCACUGAACCUGUUGUCUGUCUGUCGCCAAGCCCGCGCAAGAGCCUGUUCUGCACUCUGACAAAGAGCGGCAUCACCGCAUGGCGCGUUCGGCCGUCCGCCGUCCUGUCGUACUUGUCACGUACUCAGACGUCAAUCGCUGAACAUGGCGAGAAUGUUUCUAUGAGCUGGACGCCGAGUGCUGCGCGGAUUGUGAUACAGACAUCAUGUUCCUUCCUGGUUCUUGUGGCCGUGCAGUACAGCCCAGAUGAACUGCUCUAUCAAUCACCUCUGCUUGCGUCCAGUGCUCAGCGGCAUUUCCUUCCUGGUCCGGGUGAGGCGUUACCGCUGCAAGCCGUCACGCUUCGCCUAGAGGGUGUUGUACGGUUGGAAGGGAUGCUCUUGAGCGUGUCACCUCGCAAUGAUAACAUUGUUUUCUCUACAGCGAGCCCAUCCUCAGUGCAGCGUAUCCCAUGGCCAGGGAUGCAGGAUGAUGACGACGCGUAUUUUACGUGGAUGAUGAACGAGGAAGAAUUCCCCUGGCUAGUUGACCCUGACGUGUGUGUGACCAAGAUCUCGAAUUCGAAAGUCAUAGGCUUUGAGACUUGGAUCACUUCUGACGGCCGUGCAUACUUUGUCGAGAUGUAUGAAGAGCAGGAAGAAGAGGACGGCGCUGAUCGACGCUCAAUGACUACGGUUCCGGACGAUUUUUACCAUUCUCGGAGACCGAAUGACUCGCCGACACGCAGUUCACACCCCAAGUCUCACCUACAAUGGCACGGAACCUGCGUACAUAACAUUGACCCGCCACGUUGGAUUCAGAAGCGGCGGCGGCAAAACCCAGACGACCUCAAGCCAGGCGAAUACGCAUACCAUGAGCCGCGGCGUGCGAUGACAGUCGCUAUCAACAUCCGAUUCUCUCUGGUGGCGACGGGUACUUUGACGGGUACUGUGGAAUUCACGAACUUCCCGACGGAGGAAGCGCCCUCCCCAAAGCCUCAAGUCCUGCAGAUCCCGCUCAUGUAUGCACGGGAGGGAACAGGGCCAGUGCACUCGAUGGAAUGGAGCUCUGAUGGGUACGUACUGGCUGUGGGUUGGGAGAAGGGCUGGGCACUGUGGAGUGUGGGCGGGCGGUGUCUUGCCUGGGGAUUCGGCGUUGAGUACGAGGUGGAUAAAGAGAAAUUCCAGGAUGCGUUCAUGUAUGGCGUCAGGGAUUUGUUUUGGGUUCCUGGAAACUUCGAGCUUGUAGUUCUUGCGAACGUCUCACCAAACAAGGACGACGGUCAACUCUUCAUUAUCCCCUUUGCGAAGAGUGCGACAACCAGUCAACAUUCCCCCGAUAAUACACAAUAUGCAUUCCUCCAAAUGGAUGACCGUGUGCUGGUAUAUCGUGGUGCUGACCAGCCUGACAUGAGUGUGAUCAACCCCGAGUCUGAUGUAUGGCAGCACGUCAAGAUUCCUCACUCCUACCUAGCUGCGAACUGGCCGAUACGGUACUCAGCUCUCAGUACAGAUGGCAGGCUCAUUGCUGUGGCUGGCCGCAGAGGGCUUGCACACUACAGCACUACAUCUGGGCGCUGGAAGCUGUUCGCGGACGAGCUGCAAGAGCAGGCUUUCACAGUGAAAGGUGGACUGCUCUGGUUUCAUCACGUUUUGAUUGCCGCUGUAGAGGUUGCGAAUGCAUUCCAGAUUCGACUGUACUCCCGCGAUCUGGAGUUAAGCAACCAGAACGUCUUGCAUCGCGAGGUGCUCACUUCGCCUGUCGUCAUCCUCUCAUUGGUCGACAACUCCCUGCUCGUCUAUACGGCCGAUAACACGCUUUAUCACUAUCUCAUCAUUCCCACCGCAGAGACGAUUAAACUGCACUUGUGCGGCAGCAUGAGCUUCAAUGGUGUCAUUGCUGUCCCUGGAGCUGUUCGAUUGUUGAGUUGGAUGAUUCCAAGCGCUCAGAAACAAUUGGGAGAUCCUGUUGACGACUUGGCUGUUGCUACGGUCUUGAUGAUUGUGGGAGGAAAGCUGGUUCUGCUGAAACCUAGAAGGUCCGGGGAGGAAGAGGUCAGAUAUGAUAUGCAGAUCCUCGCUGACCGCAUAGAAUUCUGCUGGAUUCACCUGCGCGGAAUUGGCACACUGGAAAACUCGCUUUGGGGCUAUGAUGGGCAGGGCAUACGCCUGUGGCUCAAUGCUUUGCAUAUCGAGUCAAGUACGAGUCAAACGGCGGAAGCGGGCGUCAUCCAGGCUAAUGUCAAGGAGAAUGUCAACAUUCCGCUCGAAUUUUACCCGCUAUCUGUCUUGAUGGACAAGGGGAUCAUUAUCGGAGUGGAGUAUGAAGCUGCAACAAGGGCGAGCCUAUCCUUCACGAUGUUCAGACAAGUGACUAGUUCCCAUCUAUUUCUUAACCACGUUUUGCUUUUCCAUCUGGAGAACAGACAGAUGAAGGAGGCGAUACUCUUCGCUUCUCACUACGAGCAUUUGGUCUACUUCGCCCAUGCCCUCGAAAUGAUGCUGUUCAGCGUCGUAGAGGAGGACGCGACCUCGCAGCAUGACAGCAGUGCGGAUGACGAUGACGAUGUAGAGGAGCAACCUCAGCUUCUACCAGAUACAGUGGAUUUUCUGGACCACUUUGACGUUGCGCUGGACGUAAUUGUCGGGUGCGCUCGGAAGAUCGAGAUGACCAGGUGGCCCCGGCUGUUUGACAUCGUUGGCAACCCCAAGAACCUGUUUGAGGUCUGCUUGUCAUCCAACCGCCUCAAAACCGCAGGCUCAUACUUAUUGGUCUUGCAUGGCCUUGACCAGCUGGACGGUGAUGGUGUGAAUGGUGAUGCGGUCCGCUUGCUGAAGAGCGCCAUCGAGGUGAAGGAUUGGCAGCUUUGUCGCGAGAUUCUGCGAUUCCUUCAGUUCAUUGAUGAGACCGGCGAGGCUCUGCGGUCUGCCUUGGCAGAGGCACAUAUCAUUCCCGCCCUGAACGGCACGGCUUUCGUAAAUGGAGUGCAUUGA